CACACGAGCCUGUCAAAGGCGUAUCAAACCGCCCACUGAACCACAUGGAUAGACCUACAGCGCAUUGUGCGCAAUGUCCGAACUCGACGAUUGUCCUCCUCUGGCUCCAAGGAAAUCAUGCGCCAGUAGUCUAGCCGAGGAUUAAUGGAGACACUGAGCAAGAACCGUCACCAUCGUCAUGCUGUGAAGAACAUGACAGACAGAACAUGUCAAUGACAUUUCCUCCUCAGUCCCUUGGCCAACCACCCCACCAGACCAUCUCCUCGCUCAACGCUUCGGAGUGCAACAGAACAUGUGCCACAGGAGGCAACAGCGAUCAGGACUUCAAGUCCAUGGCCUACAUCGUGACUUACUGCAUAGUGUUUCCCAUUGGCUUUUUAUGUAACUCAGUGGCACUCUUUGUCUUCCUGCGGCUCACCCGUAAACGCUCGGCCAACACCGUGUUCAUGAUUAACCUGGCGCUGUCGGACACGGCCUUCUCGCUCACGCUGCCCUUCCGCCUGGUCUACUACUUCCGGGGCAGUCAGUGGGACUUUCCGGACUGGCUGUGUCGCUUGUGUGUCUUUGCCUUCUACUUGAACCUGUACACCAGCGUGCUGUUCCUCACAGGCCUCAGCGUGCUGCGAUACAUCGCCGUUGUGCAUCCGUUCCGAAACCGCAGCCUGGUGACGGUGAAACGGGCCGCGUGGAUUUGCACGGGGAUCUGGGUGGCCGUGGCGUUGCUCUCAACCCCCUUCCUCUUGUCAGGGACCCUGGUGAGGGGGGACAAGGUGCGCUGCUUUGAGCCAGGAGCCACCAAGUCCUGGUACCGCAUUCUGAUGCUGAACUAUGUGGCCCUGUUGCUGGGCUUCCUCCUGCCGUUCGCCACCAUCUUGGGCUGCUACGGCUGCAUCAUGUUCAAGCUGGUGAGCGAGAAGAAGAAGCCGAGGAAAAGCCGGCAGAACCGCCGGCGCUCCGUCUACCUGGUGACGGUGAUCCUGAGCAGCCUGCUGCUGUGCUUCCUGCCGUACCACCUGCUGCGCUCGCUGCACCUGCACGCCGUGGUGCAGUGCUGGAACUGCCGCGUCACCGGGUGGCUCCUGCGCAUGCUGGUGGUGUCGCUCUGCCUGGCCGCGUCCAACAGCUGCCUUAACCCACUGCUGUACUACUUUGCCGGAGAGUCGUUCCGCACCACGGUGCGCACCACGGUCCGCUCCACCUUGAGGUCAGCCUCCUUCAGCUCCGUCGGUCAGGGCAACAUGCCUAGCUGGAGGAAGCGAUCACAGUACCCGUCAUCCUCCACUGCUCAGGGGCUGCCAGACAUUUGCCUCAGACCCCAGGACUGAGAUGAGCAGUGAUGACGGGCCACAGACAUGUUAUGGAACUCGUGUUAGAGAAUUCAUGCUAUGGGAAAAGAGACAAUAGAAGUCAUGUUAAGGAAUUCUUAGGAAUACAUUGCAACUGAAAUUAUAUGUUGAACUAUGUAAUUAUUGAAAAUUGGUCAUUAAUGCUAUAUAAUUAAAUAUGAAGUAGAACAAUGUGAAGAUGAUGAAGG